UGCGGUCACACUGGAUAGUUUGUUAUUAAAACAGUGACAAACAGGACACAAAAAAGCGAGCGAUUUAAUUAAAUUCUACGCAGUUUUUUUCAUCAUUCCCUAAAACAAAAACUCCCUUUCGUUAUUAAGUGCCAAGUGCGGCUUUAUCUACAUGGGUGAUAACAAAAUAUGCGACAUUAGCAAUGAAGUGCUGGAGGAACUGAAGAAAUUUCGCUUUCGCAAGAGUCAAACCAACUCGGCGUUAAUAUUAAAAGUAGACAGGGAGAAACAAUUGGUGGUGCUGGACGAACUAAUUGAUGAUAUAUCCGUCGAGGAGUUGCAGGACUCAUUGCCAGGACAUCAGCCACGUUAUGUGAUAUACACAUAUAAAAUGGUGCACGAUGAUCAACGCAUUUCGUAUCCAAUGUGUUUUAUUUUCUACACGCCGCGCGACAGUCAAAUAGGUCUGCAAAUGAUGUACGCCUGCACGAAAAGCGCCCUCCAGCGGGAGGUAGACUUAACUCGCGUCUACGAGAUACGCGAACUCGAUGAAUUGACCGAAGAGUGGCUACGAGCGAAGCUUAAAUAGAUCGAUAACGCUGAGUAAUCAAUCUGCAUGAGGUAUAAAGCAAUAUUUUACAAUGUAGUUUCUCUCUCAAAAUAGCAUUAAAACAAAAAACACUUACAUAUUUUGAAUGGAGCAAAGCCAAUACCAACGAUAACGAUACAUACCAAUACCAAACAAAAAAAGUAACAAAACAAGAAGUAAUUUUUUUCAACAAGACAUUAUGCAUUUAUAUUGUAAUAUCAGUAUAUAGUUGAACAUGUGCGUGCAUAUGUAAGUGAUUUAGUUGUGCAUUUAAGCGCGAGUAAUAAUGAAUAUAAAUGACAUCAAUUGACAAUUAGCAAUGAUCUUAUAGAAGCUGUGCUUGCCAAAUUUAUGUAUAUUUAUUGUACAAAAAGAAUACAAAGCUAACAUGACAAACAAACAAUUCCAUUUUAUAUAUACAACACACGUGCGUAUUCAUAUAAAUAAUAAA